GAGCGAGAGAAAGGGAGAGAGGGAGGUGGUUCAGUCCCUCCGUGGUGUGUCGGCCGCAGGGAGCAGCAGAUCAGCGCAUUGUGCAGGACCAGGCACGAUUGAGCUCAACCUUCAGCGGAACAAAUGACAAGGAAAACUAUUCUUUGGUGUGGAGUAAUUCACGGGAGACGCGCGCCAUCGAAGCGAGAAGCUCGGUAAAAGCGUCACCGGACCUCUUUGACGCGGAUAGGGACGUUCGCUGACUGUGCUACAACGCCACCGAAUGGUCCCCGUUUACUCCGCCGCAGAGCGUGCUGGCUUAGAGAAAGAAACCACGAUGCACAUAAAACUCAUCCGCUUGGCAACCACACCGACUUCCGGUCUGUAGAGGAAGAGGCUGUGCCAGGAUGUCCUCUCAUCCCCAGUCUGUGCCACCGGGCCGGAGGACCAUGGACACACGGCACCUGCCAAACCCUGCCACCUUACCCUUGCAGCUCCAGCGGGCACACACAGAAGUUGGAAUGGUGGACUACCACUCCCAUCAUGUGAGGGACUACAGCUCGCACUUGGCUCAGCCUCAUCGCCGUCGGCCCUCCUUGCUUUCCGAGUUCCAACCUGGAAAUGAGAGAGGACAAGAGCAACAUAUCCGCUAUGAACACAUCUACUUACCGGAGCCUAGUAGCCAUUCAGAGAUGGAGUUUGGAGAGAUCAAACGGCCUCGUUUGGAGAUGGGGCCAGAUUCUCUGAUUAGACCCUCAUCUCAUCGGCCACAGUUGCCUCUUGGAGGACCUGAGGAUCUUGUUAAGGAUCGUGGAAAUGCCAUGGGGAAGCUCGAGCCAAUCUCCCCCGUGAGCCCUGUACACAUGGAUCCUGAUUUGGAUCUGGUGCCAGCCCGUUUUUCCAAGGAAGAACUGAUCCAGAACAUGGACCGUGUUGACAGGGAGAUCACUAUGGUGGAACAGCAGAUCUGCAAGCUUCGCAAAAAACAGCAACAGCUGGAGGAGGAGGCUGCCAAACCUCACGAGCCUGAGCGGCCUAUGUCCCCUCCACCCAGCGAGGCAAAGCACCGCAGCUUGGUGCAGAUCAUCUAUGAUGAGAACAGGAAAAAAGCAGAAGAGGCACACAGGAUACUGGAGGGACUUGGACCAAGGGUAGAACUGCCACUGUACAAUCAGCCUUCUGAUACCAAGCAGUACCAUGAGAACAUCAAAAUAAACCAGGCGAUGAGGAAAAAACUCAUCUUAUACUUCAAGAGAAGAAAUCAUGCUCGUAAGCAAUGGGAGCAGAAAUUCUGCCAGCGUUACGACCAACUGAUGGAAGCCUGGGAGAAGAAGGUUGAGCGCAUUGAAAACAAUCCUCGGCGCCGAGCCAAGGAAAGCAAGGUGCGGGAGUACUAUGAGAAACAGUUCCCAGAGAUUCGUAAGCAGAGAGAGAUGCAGGAACGAAUUCAGAGCCGCGUUGGGCAGCGAGGAGGUGGAUUGAGCUCUUCUGCAGCUCGCAGCGAACACGAAGUCUCCGAGAUCAUUGACGGAAUAUCAGAGCAUGAGAACACAGAGAAGCAAAUGCGACAGCUGGCAGUUAUCCCACCAAUGCUGUUUGAUGCUGAGCAGCAACGUAUCAAGUUCAUCAACAUGAAUGGAUUGAUGGAUGACCCCAUGAAGGUGUACAAGGACCGGCAGGUCAUGAACAUGUGGAGCGAGCAAGAGAAGGACACUUUCAGAGAGAAAUUCAUCCAACACCCUAAAAAUUUUGGUCUAAUUGCAUCUUUUCUAGAAAGAAAGACGGUGGCAGAAUGCGUGCUCUUUUAUUAUUUGACCAAAAAGAAUGAGAACUAUAAGAACAUAGUGCGGAGAAACUACAGACGGCGAGGAAGAAGCCAGCAUGGCCAGCAACAGCAGCAGCAACAGCACCAGCAGCAGCAACAGCAGCAGCAACAGCAGCAGCAGCAACAAGUCAAUCGAAACAGCCAGGAAGACAAAGAAAAGGAGGAGAAAGACAAGGAAGGAGAGAGGGAGGAGGAUAAACCAGAGGCUGAAGACAAGGAAGAUGGAAUUAAAGAUGAAACCUCUGGGGAAGAUGCAGAGGACAAAGAGCCUGCAGUGGCUGUCAAGGGUCGACGAACAGCCAACAGCCAGGGGCGCCGUAAGGGCCGCAUCACCCGCUCAAUGACCAGUGAGGUGGAGGAGACGACCACACCGCCUGUCAACAAUGAGCUCGCCAAUCUAGAAAUGAAUGAGAGUUCCCGCUGGACCGAAGAAGAGAUGGAAACUGCCAAAAAAGGUCUUCUUCAGUAUGGUAGGAACUGGUCUGCCAUUGCCAAGAUGGUGGGAUCAAAAACUGUGUCACAGUGUAAGAAUUUCUAUUUCAACUACAAGAAGAGGCAAAAACUGGAUGAGAUUUUGCAGCAACAUAAAAUGAAAUCGGAAAAGGAGCGAAAGGCUCGCCGCAGGGGUAAAGCCCUUCAAAAUGAAGAGACCACUGCCCAGUUCACUGCAGAGGAAGAAGAGUUGGAAGGCUCUGGGGCUAGUGGCAAUGAAGAGGAGGCACCUGAAGAUGGAGAAGGUGGUGCCAACAACAGCUCGGACACAGAGAGUUUGCCAUCACCACAUUCAGCUGAUGAUACCAAGGCCAAGGAAGAGGGUUCGAAUAAGUCAAAGGCUGGCGGUAAUACUGGGGAGAAAGAGGUAGCUGGAGCAGACGCAGAGCAGGCUGCAGAUGGGAAACCUCCCGUAAAAGAAGAUGCAGAAGUCUCCAUCAAGCAGGAGAUAAAGACCGAAACAGGGGAGCCAAACAAGGAGCUGACCCACCCAUCACCCAGUGGUGAUGCCACAGACAAGAAACCUUCUACAGCGGAGGCUGACGAUGUCAAGACGUGUCCCAAGAGCUCAAAGAAGGACCAUGGGGCCAAAGUAGGCUCCCAUGGGGACAGCGACUCCAGUGCCACUUGCAGUGCUGAUGAAGUGGAAGAGUCAGACAACACCGAAAAGAACAGAAUGACUUCUCCCCGUCCAAGCCUACUGAACUACACUCAUGAUGGGGUCAUCUCAUCCCCUCUGCAAAAGCCCAUGGACCUGAAACAGCUCAAACAGCGGGCUGCUGCCAUACCAUCGAUUAUACCAGAAGCGUCAGUCCAAGGCAGUCAGUGGAGUGGGGGCACCAAAACAGUACUGCCCCCCCAUGCUUUGGCACUGUACCAGCAGCAGAUCACCAUGGCUCAUGGGGAGUCGUCUCAGGAGGUCAAACAACCGCAGCAGCUUUCAGGCCAGCCAGGCAAACAGCAGCCUUAUUCCCAGCAAACAGAAAGAGACAGGGAGCCUCCCCAUAGCAGCAGCCCUCGCAUCCGCCCACGCAGCCCGUCCACUGGUGACAAGGAUGAAAAGUCGCAGGCUUACUCUUCACAUGGUGAAGUCAAGAGGCCCGCACUGGGCCCGGAUGACCUAAGGUCCACUAACUUGGGUCGGACAGUUUUGUCCCCGUUUCCCAUGUCCCCAAGAGACAUGACCAAGAUCAGUCACGACCAGCACCUGCUCCAAUUCAACUCAUUCCAGCAAGUGGGCCACCCAGUACUUCCUGGUUUGCAACAGGAUAGUGCCAGGCAGGCAGCAGUGAGACCCCUCAUUAUGCCAGAACCACCACCUCUCAUUUCCUCAACCAAACCAGGGGGCUCUAUCACACAGGGCACUCCUGUACAGUUGCACGGCCCAGCUCACGGGUUCGAACAUGGAAAAAUGCCUUCUCCUCAAAUGAGUUUGUCAUGGAUUGAUCAGAGAAAAGUUGGUGGUCCAUUCCCUGUGGUAAAGCAAGAGCAGUUAUCCCCCCGCAGCUCUUCCUUGCAAGCUGACAACCUAUCGACCCAAGGCACAGCUCAUGAUGGUGGAAGAGCUGUUCAAGGAGGUAGUAUCACGAAGGGCAUCCCAGGGACCAGAAUGCAUCCAGAUUCCUCAAUCUCUUUCAGAGGCGGCUCCAUUACUCAGGGGACACCGGCUGAUGUGCUGUACAAGGGAACUAUAACCCGUCUGAUCACAGAGGACAGUGCUAGCCGUGCUGACAGGGAACGGGACGACGCCUUGUCGAAAGGUCAUGUGGUCUAUGAGGGAAUAAGUGGGCACAUCCUCACAUAUGACCGUCCAGUUUCUCAAACCUCGAAAGAUGAGGGGAGAGGGCCAAGCCAACCUGGUGAAAUUCUUGGAGUAAAGCGUCCUUAUGAUGUCAUGGAGGGAGGCAUCUCCCGAGGUCUGCCAAUGAGGGAUUCACUGUCUGCCUCCAAUUGUGAAGGUCUUAUUGGUCGAGCCAUGCCUCAUGACAGGGACAGUCCACACCACACACCUUAUAAAGAUGCUCACCACAUCCGCGGUUCCAUCUCCCAAGGUAUACCACGUCAUUUGGACCCUCAGGAUAGCUAUUUGAGAAGGGAGGCAAAGCAAAUGAAAAGAGAGAACUCUCCGCCACGUGGGGCCCCGUCGCUGUCGGACCCAAUGAAGAGCAGAGACACUAUGGUGCCCACAGUAAAGGAGGCUGGACGCUCCAUCCACCUCAUUCCCAGGGAGGAGCUCAGACAAACAGCCAAGGAGGGCAUUAUAACACCGGGAACACCCAUGAAGCAGGAAGCUGCUGGCUCAGGUAAACGACAUGAUGUUCGCUCCAUCAUAGCCAGUUCACCACGUUCCUACCAUAACGCACCCCCUCAUCUGGAGAUGCGGGCUGAGAGGGGACGAUAUGAAGAGGCACCCAAAGGACGCCCGAGUGCAGUGGUCAGCACCGCUAGCCCAAUAGCACGCUCUUCUCCCCUGACACUCGCUUCAGAGCAGGGAGCUAAAUCCCAUCAUAGCCCUGUAGGCUACGAGGACAAAGGCACCUUAAGAAACCCCUACCCUGGACCAUCACACCGUUGCUCACCUCUCUCAAGGGAGGCGAGUCAAAGGCAACAUGAUGGCUGCAGUAAGAAAGAACCCCAGGAGCGUAAAGCCACACCGACCCCAAGGGAAAUGAGUUCUACCAAAUCCCCUCUCCCAGGGGUUCCUGACCAACAGACAUAUGAGCGUCUGUUGCAGGGGCUUGGAGCUGAUGUUUACAGACAAAUUCCUUUGGCCUUUGAUCCUGCAGCUUUGCCUCGCGGCAUCCCCAUUGACCCAGCCUACUACUUGCCUCGCCAUCUGGCCCCCAACCCUGCAUACCCACAUCCCUAUCCCUACCUCAUCCGGGGCUUUCCAGACACAGCGGCCCUCGAGAACCGUCAGACGUUGCUCAAUGACUACAUUACUUCCCAGCAAAUGCACCAGUGGCCUGCAGCAGCUGCUAUGGCUGCCCAGCGCUCAGACAUGCUAAGGGGCCUUACACCACGAGAUCAGCCCCUUCCUCUGCCUUACUCUGCAGCCCCUCGUGGAAUCAUUGAUCUAUCUCAGGUGCCGCACUUACCUGUCCUGGUCCCUCCCUCUGCAGGGACAGCCAGCUCGCCAAUGGAUCGUAUCACCUACAUCCCAGGGGGAAGCACCACCUUCCCCGGCAGGCCUUACACCACUCCCCCAAUCUCACCCGUUGGCUCCUCGCACAUGAAUAAGAUGCAAGGCGCAGCUUCCUCUUCAGAACGGGAGCGUGAAAGAGAACGUGAUCGUGACAGAGACAGGGAGCGGGAGAGAGACCGGGAGCGGGAGAGAGAGCGCGAGCGUGAACGGGAACGGGAACGAGAACGAGAGAGGGAUCGAGACAGGGACAGAGAACGGGAUAGAGAAAAGGGUGGAGCAAACGUGGAGCAUGCCCCCAUUUGGCGACCAGGUACGGAACACAGCUUAGCAAGCAGUAGCGGUGUGAGACCUUCUUCCCAGCCAUACAGCCACCAGCAUUCCCCAGUGUCCCCUCGCACCCAAGACAAUGUGCAGCAAAGGCCAAGCGUCCUGCACAAUACCGGAAGCAAGAAUGUCUCUGCCGAACACUCCAGUUCCUCCGUGUUACGAUCCAUACCCUCAGGAGCUUCCCGCUACCAAGGUUACCAUAGUCAUCUUCAAAGGACUGGCUUGCCCCCUGAGGCCUAUGCUGCACUGGACUCGAGCAUCGGCAAAGAACAGAGUCGUGAUGGCAAAAACAGGGGAUUACCGAAGCAAGUCCAAGACCAGCAUGGGCCCGCUAGCAAGUCAGACCCCAAGCUUUCCAACCCCAGCCAGGGAGGAUUAUAUCCAGGUCCUUAUUCCUCGAUUUCCGGACGACCACCACACCUGCAGUUGGAUAACCCUCCCGGCCGUGGGGAAAGUGGUACGCCUAGUAGGGAAAAGACUCAAAACAAACCGAUGUCCAUUCAGGAACAAGAACUCAGAGCACUCGGUAAGACCACCAUGACUGCGGCCAACUUCAUAAAUGCGAUUAUUAUGCGUCAAAUUUCUUGUGAAACGGGGAUGCCAGAGACGGGCUCGCUUGUUGCCAGCAGUGCCACUGAUGCUCCACAGAAGAUGGAUUCACAUAUUCUGUACCGUCCUCCAUCUGAUGAGAGGCUGUCCCCAGGUCAGAAGCCGCCUUCUCCCUGUGUCAAAGGAAGCCAAAGGGUGGUCACCCUGGCUCAGCACAUCAGUGAGGUGAUAACGAAAGAUUACACAAGGCAGACUCAGCAGCAGCAUCAACAAAGUUAUCAUGGCUCACCCAUCCUGGACUUGACCCGUCCUCUCAGUGCCUCACAGCCCCAGCCCACAUCCCAAGAGUCUGCCCAAGUGACCCGCUAUCCUGAGGGCCUUGGGGGAGAUCGUAACAGAGACCGGUCUCCUCCUCAAUCCAAGUCUUCUCCGAUCAGUGUUUCUAAUGACUGUAUUGAACCGGUAUCUCCUGCCGGAGCCAAUUCUGAGCCUGAAAUCCAGGGAGGAGUGUCCUAUCCUAAUGAACAAGGAGAGCAAGCAAUGAGUUCCCGUUCGCCUCCUAACGCCUCUCAGCCUCCAGCUUUUUUCAGCAAGCUGACUGAGAACACCUCCGCUAUUGUGAAAUCAAAGAAGCAGGAGAUGAUCAAGAAGAUGACUGUAGUGGGAAAUGAGAGUGAUUUCAAUGCAGGUCAGCCUGGAACAGAAAUCUUCAACAUGCCAGCAUCUACAACAGCAGGAUCUGUGAGUGUCCGCAGCCACCCAACUCCAGAGACACCUGGCAGCUCCAUAGGUCUAGAGGCCAUUAUAAGAAAGGCACUCAUGGGAAAAUACAAUGAUCAGCCUGAGGAACGCUCCCCAGCCAGUGCUGCUAACCCACUCACGUCGGCUCUGCCCGUCUCUCUGAGCGGAACUGAUGGACGAAGUGAUGACAGUUUCUCACAAGGUGGUGGGAAGCCCUCAAAGUCUAGUGGUCGUUCUAAUGGGCGCAAGGCCAAGUCUCCGGGACCCGGCCUGUCAGGGGGUGAAAGGCCAUCGUCAGUGUCCUCAGUUCACUCAGAAGGAGAUUGUAACAGAAGAACACCACUGACCAACCGAGUCUGGGAGGAUAGACCUUCCUCCACAGGUUCAACGCCAACUCCCUUCCCGUGCAACCCGUUGAUCAUGCGUUUCCCCAGCGGGACGGUUUCAGUUCCCUCCCCUUCGUCCGGGCAGCCAGUCGGCCACGUGCCCGGUCAGGGACAGGGCCGCACCUGGGAGGAGGAGCCCAAGCCGCUACUCAUGUCUCAGUACGAGUCCCUGUCUGACAGCGAGUGAGCCACAAUGCCACCAUACACGCAGGUGCACAUCAGCGAAACAUCCCGCACCAUUCCACUCUGCAUUUCCUUCUUCGGUCCACAUGCUCACUCCAGGAAGAUCUGAACAACUUCUCCCUUUUUUCACACCGUGUUGGCAUCUCCUCACCGGCCUUAUCAAUUUGGGCGCGUCAACAUUCAUCGCACUCAAGUGCUUACGCUUUCUUUGAUGGAUGGGAUUCUUGACGACUUCGGUUGGUUCCCAAGUGUGGUGGCUGCUGCGCCUGCCUUAAGCGCAGCAGUCCAUCUAGCAAGAGACUCAUCUUACAUUUAUUUACGGUGUCUACACUGCUGCAAAUGCACAAGUGCAUGCAAGUGAUGGGACAAAAUGUUCUUUUUUUUCUUGUUUCAUCUUUUAAGUCACUCAAUGCAGCCUUCUGGUUGGAAAGCGAUCGCAAACGCAAAGUAUGUUUUAAUGGUGAACGUUCUAUGGUUAUACUGUAUGUGUGGUAAUGGAUAUGCAGUGACAAAUGCUUUUAGGGUUGGGAGGGAUUUGAGCACAGGAGGGUCAUAUCAUUGGUUUACAGGGUAAACAUGCUGUCUGUUGCUGAUGUCAUCAUGCAUUGGCGAGGGUCCAGAGGAAGAGCUGAGGCCUGCUGCUGUCAGGUGUCCCGUGAGACAAUUAGCCACCCGAUGGCACUCAGACAAUGGAUACUUUCUCGCUGUUUUUAUAUUAACCGCAUCUGUGUUGAUUGAACUGUUUUUGGGGAUAUUAAGCACUUAGUUGUCGGCCUGUCCAGAAGGGCAUAGUGGAGAAUCCGGUGACAAAAUGGACCUGAGAAUAGCAUGGCAGCCCGUGGUGGAAGGUCUCCCCGUCCUGUCGAACUCACCACCAGUCAUUUCCAAUAACACAAGCGACAAUCACGUGAGUGAAGGAGAAGUCGAGCUGGUCCUUCACAUUGACAAGGCGUACCUCAGUCCUUUGCAUCGUCUUCAGCUGACCUGCCAGAAUCUCAUCUUGGAGCUUUUAUUGACAGUUUGACCAUUAACCGUGUACUGCAUAGAGGAAGACCCUUGGCUUCUUGUCUUUUGUACAUUAUAAUAUAUUCUUAGUGGUAAGUGCCAUUUAUUUUACACGCACAGUACUGAAGUUACCAAGUGACGCACAAUUGGUUUUCUUUUUUUUUGGGGGGGGGGGGGUUUCCCCCCUUCCCUUGCCAGGGGUCCUAUUGUCCAUGCUGGAAAUUGUACUAACAGAGAAGCAAAUGAAAUGUCUUUGUCUGCGCGUCUGUCAGUGACACAUGAGACCCGCCGAGCUUUGAAACCACACACAGAAGCAAUCAGUCCUGCAUUCAAUGUUUUUUUCCCCCUGGCGGCUACUUGUGACAGUCUACUUCACUGCGCCUGCAUUUGGUUGGGUUCAAGAGAAAUAAUGGGAAAGGAUUUCAAAACAAACAAACAAAAAAAUUGUCAAGUUGAUCCAUUCUGUGUCAAGUGUCCAAUGUUGGAUGCCAUCAUCUGCGAGUCCGGAGUUUCCUCCAUCUUGUAGUUUAUUUGAGCACAGCGACAUCCACCUGUUGACUUGUUCUAGGACUACCUCCUCUCCCUCCUCCAUCCUGCCUGUGGAUGCUGAAGCAUGUCACGUCUGCACAAUGCUCAUCUCAGCCAUCUCCUAGGUGGAAUUGGAGUGUUUUGUCCCCAGGCGAAGACAAGUGGACUUUGUCAUUUCGCCAGAUAUUGUACAGUAUAUCUCCAUCCGCGUUUUUGUCAUGAAUCCAUCGAUGAUGUUUAAGAAUGUGACCAUAAACAGACUAAGCCAUAUCUAGCUGUUGCUUUAAACAGAUGACGGACUAAUCCAUUGAUUUUAGAGCCUAUACAGUACUAAAUUGAAUUUUAACAUGCAUCAUUUUGCCUUUGCUCACACAGUUUUGUCCACCCACCGUCUCCUUACAUCUCAAAAUACCUGAUGCGGUCCCUGGAGGGAGCGAGGGAGGGCCGGGGGCAAUGGGGAAAUAAUAACAUUGUUCAAACAUUUUGUUUAUAACGUUUUUAAUGUAAUUAUAUCCCACUGUAUAAUAGCAAGGAUUGUAUAUAAAACUAAAUAGAUGUAAAUAUUUAUGUGGCUUGCUUCUAGGUUGUUCUUACAAAAAAAAACCAACAAAAAAACACAUGGAUAAAUUCUACAUGCCCACCAGCAAGCUUUGUGGAUAGCAGUGUACAAAUGGAAAACAAAUAAGACACUGCCUUAAUGUUUAAAUAAAAAGCUUAUUGCCAUUCGGUCUCAGAAUGACUUUAUUAACAGGAAGUGUGAAGUGGACAGUCGUGCUGCAAUUGACGUCCAUGUGCCAGUAGGUGGGGUCAUAAGUCUACAUUUGCAUGUUUCGACCUUGUCACUGGCAGGUGAUUGUUUGAGACUCCCGAGAGAUUCUACCCUUGGGACAGAGUCUGCAAAAUGUUAGGCCUGGCUAACAUGUCCUGGCUCAUACUAAUUGUGAUUGAGGUUCGGGCUUUAAUGUUCUUUUCAACCGAGACCAACAGACUGCCUCUCCCAAAACUAUAUAGUGCUUUUCAUGUGCCCCCCCCCCCCACCUCUUUGCUUGACAAGUUUUUGUUGUUUUUUUCCCCUCCUUUAAUAUCCUAGUCCUGCUUUAAACAUCUCCCAACUCUAUCCUGUGCGGUCCUUGGUCUUCAUGAUGCUGUUUGCUCCCAAUUUUCUUUUGACAGACCUCUUGAGACCAUUCUGGAGCCAGGCGCAUUUAUACUGAGACUAGAUUACUGGUUACACACAGGUGGAGUCUUUUGAUCAUGAUUAGUCAUUGAGGUCAACAUUGCAUAAUUCAGAAAUUAUCAGGGAAUUCCUGUACACAGGUGGCUGAAAUCGGAGAAAAGGGAUGAAUAAUUUUGCACGCCCUCACUUUUCAAUUACUUGUCAUUUUAAAAAAUGGGAAUCGCACCAUGUUGAUGAGCACACGUACAAUUCUUUCUAUUAGUAUUUAUAACAAAGUGCAUAACUGCAGAGCAGUCUGGAAAGAAACUCCGUAUGUUGUUUUGCCAGUUAAAGAUUGAUUUUUCCAAAAUCCCAAAGUAAAUGACCCUUAGUCCAAAGUAUUGAUAUUUUUUUUAUUUCCAUGACAAUAUACAUCUUUAAAUUAGAUCAGAACAGAAACAAAAGCUGACGUACAAAAAUAUAAAGAGAAUUAUGAAGUGCCUCAAGUCCACAUAUACAUCAGGAAACUAUUUUACAUUAAUAACAAACUCAAGUGUUGGGAAAACACAGACUUGAACUCACAUGAAAGCAACAAAAUACUUGACAAGUUCACAUCUAACCAGCUCUUCUCAUCAUUCUCCUGACACUUCACUGACCAUCGACACCUGACUCGACACUCAUUUCCGCAGCUCCAUUUGGGAGUCAGGGUAACUGAUGAAACUGCCAUCUCUUUGAUCGCAACAUACUGUUCCCUCGGUUAGUCAUGGCAUGCACCACUCGUACGGCUUCCACACAACUGCAGGCUUUUUUUUUUCACGCAGCUAAACUGACGGAUCGAGGUCUAAAACUCAGUUGUGUACACAUUUGUAAAAUGAAAUGGAAGAUUAGCUGAUUUCAAUCUCUUCCACCCAGUGAUUGCAAACAAAUCCGAUUUCAGUCAAGCGGUUUUGACUUUCAGAUCCACAAUAUGAGAUGUGUUAAAAGCUCUUGACUCUGAAUUUUUGGCUUUGCCCUUUGGAGCCUGAUUUAUGAAAAUCGUAAUUAGCCGGCCAAAAAAUUGCAUUUCCACUUACUCCAACUGAUUGCACACGCUGUGAAUUCUAUGCAUCUGUCCGUCCUACAUAACAUUUCAAAUUUAGGACAGCAAACUGG